CUCUGGGAUAGACCGACUAUUGAAGACAAUGGUUGAUAUCUUUGAUUACCUAUAUCAUAUACAUACGCAAUACAUCAGCCAAAUUUGAACACACGCUAUAUUUUUUAUUAAUAGCAAACAUUGGAUUUAAUAUUUUUCAAGAAAGAAAACGGUUGGAACAUUCAGGAUGGGAUUACUGACAUUUGCAGGAAGGAUAGUGCUUGUUGUUCUCAAUAUCAUCUUUAUUCUGGUUUCGCUUGCGCUGAUUAUCGGUGGAUUUAUUUUGAGAUUUGCACAUGAAUGGAUCCGACCAACGAUUAAGACCGUCCUGGAUUCAAUUUCUAGUGCCGCCGACAAGAUCUAUAGCACCAAUAUAGACACUGAUAAAUUUGAACUCGGCAGUGUUGUGAGCGAUAUUGCCACAGUGAUGAUAGUUCUAGGACUGGUUCUCCUAGGACUCUCAUUUGUUGGUUGUUGCGGAGCAUGUUGUAACUUUUCUACAAUUAUGCUGGUGUAUGCAAUAAUCCUUAUCGUGAUACUACUGGCCCAGGUCAUAGUGAUCAUUAUAGCUUUUGCUUUCCCGAACGAGAUAAAGAAGAGAAUAAGACCAGUGAUGAAGGAUUCCCUGGACGAGUAUCAAGGUUUGAAAGGAUCGACAGUCAACUCUCUAGCCUGGAAUUGGGCAAUGCAAGAGUUCCAAUGUUGUGGACCAGACAUGUACACUGAUUUUAAUGGCAAAGGAAGCUGGAAAUCGGCUGCUGGAGAUGGUGUGGAUGUUAUUACUCCGACUGCCUGCUGCAAAACACUCCCGAGCGACACCGCAGGUGUUGCAAACUGUGCAGGAGAUAACACCAAACAGAUUGCCAACAUUACCUCUAUGAGCAACUAUGACAAGAGUUGUAUUGACGCUGUUUGGACAAGGGUUGUUGAAGACCAAACGAGCUAUUACUACACAGUCGUAGGGUUUUGCUUGCUUGCUCAGAUCGUGUUGAUCAUUUUCGCCUGCCUUGUGUACAAAGAUCGUGGGAUCAGUGGUGGCCUUGUGUAAAGUGAAAACUUUGAUAUGGGAAAUCACAUUGAAUGCUGCUUAUUAAAAGUACUAAUAUGUUGUAAAUUAUAAUCGAGGCUGAGCCUGACAGUUAUUCAUUGUUCCUGUUUGUCAGUUAUUGCUUGUAUUAUACGAAUCUUACAUCUUGCUACAUUUAAAACAAACAAGUCUUUUCUACGUCAAAGAUCUCAAUGUUUCACUUAAUGGGGUGGCAAUUGUAUUUCAUUCAUUGUUACAACAUUUUUAAAACCGGUAAAGGUAUCCAUCAAAUAUUCUUAAUGAUCAUAGGCACUCUCUGUGAUCUAAAAAUACAGUAAAAUGUAAAAGAUAUUGCACUAGAUAUAAUCUGUUAAACAAUACUAGUGUUCAUCCAUAAUUUGGCUGCUUUUUGCAAUUGAUUAUGUUUUUAAAGGAAAUGUCCCUAAAAGUAUUUAUAUUUUGUUGAAACAGUAUAAAUUCAUUUGUAGUAUAUUAUGUGUCGUAUGUCCAUGUUGCGGAAAUGACAUUUCUUUUUAUGUACGCAAUUUGUGGAAAUAGGAACUUGUGAAAUUCUUUUGAAUAACCGUUGGUUUUUAAUAUAUGAACAAAAAGGCUUAAA